CUUAUUGAUACCAGUUUGCUUCGCCACUGCAACUUUCGCGAGAGGUUCUUAAUUUGUAAUGCUUGCCUAUAUCUGGUAAAGUGAUCACAAGGUGUUCGAUCUAAUACCUGAGAGAGUUUCCACAGUUUUUUCAAUUCUUACUCGGUUUGAGUGAGUUUGGAUAAUCAAGAGUAAAGAUGAUGAUCUUGGAUGUUUGCGCAGAGAUUCUAAAGAUCCAGAAGCUACGACGGGUUGUCUCUUACGCUGGAUUCUACUGCUUCACUGCCGCCCUCACAUUCUUCUAUACAAACAACACAACAAGAGCAGGAUUCUCCAGGGGCGAUCAGUUUUAUGCAUCUUACCCUGCCGGUACCGAACUUCUGACUGACACAGCUAAGCUGUACAAAGCAGCGCUUGGGACUUGCUAUGAAUCUGAGGAUUGGGGUCCUGUAGAGUUCUGCAUAAUGGCUAAGCAUUUUGAGCGCCAGGGCAAAUCUCCAUACGUUUACCACUCGCAAUACAUGGCUCACCUUCUUUCUCAAGGCCAACUCGAUGGAAAUGGCUAGAGGCGUCCUUGCAUAGUCGAACUCGGGUUUCUGGAACUUAGCCGAGUUGUUCUUUACUCUUUUUUUCCUCAUUUUGUACGCCGAUUGUAUAAACCCACUAAGAUAUUUUAAAACAUGUCUGCAUGAUUUGUAAGCGCACAAUGUGAUAAACACAUAGGAUCAGACCUUAAUUUGUUUUUCAAAGCAAGACAACGAGGGUCGUCCUUGAGCUCGUAUCAAGAGAUGCAUACACCAAGCUACAGCUACUACUACUACUCAAACGGUUCAAGCAACUCCAUAAUUAGCUCAUUUUUGUAUUCACCUCUCCUCCUAAUUUUAAUUUGUAUCAAAGUUGAUAUAGCAAUGUAAAGAACUUCGCUACUGACCUCAUCCUGGAGGUCUGUAGUAAGAUAUUUUCCUUAGCAAAGUGGACCUCCAAGAGAUACAAGGGAACUUACAAUAGCCAAACCCAUUAGAAACUAUAGGCCCAAAAAUGUGCGAAUGAGUCCCUAAACCCUUGGCCCAUUUCUGCCCCUCUAAACCCUACCAUCUAGAACCUUCCGUCUUCCGUCUGUACCCAAAUUAAAAACUCAGAAAACCCUAGAAUCCUCACUGAUCCGAGAGAAGAGAAUUGAGCUUGCUUAGGAAGAAAUGAUGAAGCGUCUGAUCCCAACUUUCAACCGUAUUCUCGUGCAGAGAGUCGUCCAGCCUGCGAAAACCGAAAGCGGCAUCCUCCUUCCAGAGAGAGCCUCGAAGCUGAACUCGGGCAAGGUGAUAGCAGUGGGACCUGGUUCAAGGGACAAGGACGGGAAAUUGAUUCCGGUCUCUGUCAAGGAAGGCGAUACCGUUCUUCUUCCAGAGUACGGCGGUACACAGGUCAAGCUCGGCGAGAACGAGUACCAUCUGUUCCGGGACGAGGACGUCUUGGGGACGUUGCACGAGGAUUGAAAUGGCUAAGUUGGCAAACUCAGCUAUGGGCGCUGUUGUUGGCGUUUGUGUAAUGGAAAACGAAAGAAGCCAAUUUAUAAGUUAGUUGUCUUUUUUAUGUGGUUGGACUAUUAUGUCGUUUAUCAUUGAAAUUUUACCUUUGUGGACUAUCUUAUUCCCCUGCCAAUUGCUCCAAAUGUGCAUCAAUCAUAAGGAUUCAUGUCUUUUUCCUUAAUCUGGUUAUGUUUUGCGUCUGCAAUUGGCUGCUGAGUUUCGUUAAUUCUGCGUAUUCUUGAUCAAUGCCAUAGACAUAAAGCUCAUUUGACCCGCCUGAUUUCUUCUUCAGCGUCGACUUGUUUUCGCGUACUCAAUUGAAUCAGGUCGAGAUUUAGCACCAGGUUUUUAGCUUUUGAAAAUUGACUAUUUUGUAUAUAUAAUUGGAAAGCUCUCGAGUCUAAUUUUGGAUAAUUGCCUACAAAUGACCAUAAGCAG